GGAGCCGGAUGCGGGCGUCGCCGCGGCCGCUGCGGCCCUGGGGAUGGGCGGAGCCCCAGCCGCCAGUGCUGGUGGCCGCCGCCGCUGCCGAUCCCGAGCGGCCGCCUCUGCUCCCUCGCGUCGCUGCUUCCUAGGGCGGCGGUAUGCUGGGGAAAGGGGUAGUCGGCGGUGGCGGCGGCACCAAGGCGCCCAAGCCCUCUUUCGUGUCGUACGUGCGCCCUGAGGAAAUUCACACAAACGAGAAGGAAGUAACAGAGAAGGAAGUAACUCUUCACUUGUUGCCAGGUGAACAGCUGCUCUGCGAGGCCAGCACGGUGCUGAAGUAUGUCCAGGAAGAUUCCUGUCAGCGUGGGAUCUAUGGGAAGCUUGUCUGCACAGACUUUAAGAUCGCUUUCUUGGGUGAUGACGAAUCUGCAUUGGAUAACGAUGAAACCCAAUUUAAGAAUAAGGUUAUAGGGGAAAAUGACAUCACACUCCACUGCGUUGAUCAGAUUUAUGGGGUGUUUGAUGAGAAAAAGAAGCCUCUCUUUGGACAACUGAAGAAAUAUCCUGAGAAACUCAUCAUCCACUGUAAAGACCUGCGCGUGUUCCACUUUGGUCUGAGGUACACAAAAGAAGAGGAAGUCAAAAGGAUUGUCAGUGGCAUAAUUCAUCAUACCCAGGCUCCUAAACUGCUUAAAAGAUUAUUUCUGUUUUCCUAUGCAGCUGCUACACAAAACAGUACAGCCACCGAUCCCAAGAACCAUACUGUAAUGUUUGACACACUUAAGGACUGGUGUUGGGAGUUGGAGAGGACCAAAGGCAACGUCAAGUACAAAGCAGUGAGUGUCAAUGAAGGCUAUGAUGUCAGUGAAAGAUUGCCAGCAUACUUUGUUGUCCCCACCCCUCUUCCCGAGGAGGACGUGCGAUGCUUUCAGGGCCGUGGCAUACCAAUAUGGUGCUGGUCCUGCCACAAUGGAUGUGCCAUUUUGAAAAUGUCAGCACUGCCCAAAGAACCGGAUGAUGGCCUUUUACAGAACCAGAAGAGCUUCUUGGAUGGAAUUUACAGGACCAUCCACAGGCCACCCUAUGAAACUGUUAAAACCGAAGACCUGUCGAGCAACUUCCUGUCCCUGCAGGACAUCCAGACUGCAUACUCUAAAUUUAAACAGCUCUUUCUAAUAGAUAAUAGUACUGAAUUUUGGGACACCGAUAUAAAAUGGUUUUCUCUUUUGGAAAGCAGCAGCUGGCUUGACAUAACCAGACGUUGCCUGAAAAAAGCAAUAGAGAUUACAGAAUGUCUAGAAGCACAAAACAUGAACGUUCUUCUUUUAGAGGAGAACGCCUCCGACCUCUGCUGCCUCCUCUCCUCCCUGGUACAAGUGAUGAUGGACCCCCACUGCCGAACCAGGGCUGGUUUCCAGAGCCUCGUCCAGAAGGAGUGGAUCAUGGGCGGGCACUGUUUCCUGGAUCGCUGCAACCACCUCCGUCAGAGUGACAAAGAGGAGGUUCCCGUGUUCCAGCUUUUCUUGGAUUGCGUCUGGCAGCUGGUGCACCAGCAUCCCCCAGCAUUCGAUUUCACGGAGACGUACCUGACUGUUCUGUCAGAUAGUCUGUACAUACCUAUUUUCAGCACCUUCUUCUUCAAUUCGCCUCAUCAAAAAGAAACUAAUAUGGGUAGGGAAAGCCAGGAGACACAGAGCAAGCCUUUGAAUCUGCUCACCGUGUGGGACUGGUCUGUACAGUUUGAACCCAAAGCCCAGAUGUUGCUCAAAAACCCUCUUUAUGUGGAAAAGCCAAAACUGGACAAAGGCCAGCGGAAAGGAACGCGUUUCAAACAUCAACGACAACUUUCUUUACCACUCACCCAAUCUAAAUCAUCUCCCAAAAGAGGAUUUUUCAGGGAAGAAACAGAUCAUUUAAUUAAAAACCUCCUGGGCAAGAGGAUUAGCAAAUUAAUUAAUUCUUCUGAUGAGCUUCAGGACAACUUUCGAGAGUUCUAUGAAAGCUGGCACAGCAAGCCCACGGACUACCACGGUCUGUUGCUGCCUCACAUCGAGGGGCCAGAAAUCAAAGUCUGGGCCCAGCGCUAUUUGCGCUGGAUUCCAGAAGCCCAGAUCCUGGGUGGUGGCAGAGUGGCCACCAUGAGCAAACUCUUGGAAAUGAUGGAGGAAGUAGAGCACUUACAAGAAAAAAUUGACGAGAGACACCACAGCCAGGAGGCCUUCCCGGCAGAGACACCCCCGUUGCUGAGGAGCUCUGCCCGCUUGUCCUCCUUGUUUCCUUUCGCUCUGCUGCAGCGACAUUCCUCGAAGCCAGUCUUGCCCACUAGUGGCUGGAAAGCUUUGGGUGACGAAGACGAUCUGGCCAAAAGAGAAGAUGAGUUUGUGGAUCUGGGGGAUGUGUGACCCGUCUGCUCAGUGAUUGUGAAGGAGAAGCUGUGAGGGCUGGGACAGGAGGCAAAGACGAUUGCUCUCCGGAUUAGUGGAUCACGCUGAAGCUUACUGCUGCGGGGGGGGAGGGGAGGCUCUAGUCCAGGGCUCUGCAGCAGGAAUCCUGGACCUUCAGGAAAAGAGCUGGUUCUCGUGUUUUUUUCAUGCUCCUGAAAGACUAUGCAAUUAAAACUGUAUCUGUAGUAUUAUUAA